AACUUUAUAACCUCCUUCUACGAACUUAAUACAUAUUGUGCAUUAUCGUACAUUUUAUUGUUCAUGAAUGCGUGGCGUCACAAAAUCAAAACAGAGAAACUAUAUAUAAACCCUGUCGCCACUGUUUCCAGCAAACACAAAGCAGGAAAAUGGACCGUCUGUCUGGCUGCACUUACGUUGCGCUAAUUUUCGUUAUUGCAGCUGCAGCUGAAAAUGAGCAUGCCCUGCGACCACAACCUUACAUUCUGAACGGCACAGAUGCAUCGAAAGGUCAAUUUCCGUGGCAAGCAAUGAUUCGCUCGGACUCGGAAUUUAUUUGCGGAGGUGCACUCAUCCACGCUCGGUGGGUUCUCACUGGAGCUCAAUGCUGGUCUAAUACCUCUGAUAUUACCUUAAUAAUCGGAUCUUUGGUGCAAGGAGAUUUUGAAGAAGGGAGAAUUGAAGUUCAAGUCUCCAAGGAAAACUAUUUCGUCCAUAUAUUAUACACAAAAAAUCCAUACCGGAACGACUUAGCUCUUAUCAAGCUUCCAAUGGCUUUGAAUCUGCAAAGGAACUCAAAAAAUGCUACUAUAGCUACGAUUCGUCUUCCCAAGUUUAGUCCCCCCAAGUCCUACGUUAAUAUGAGUGCGAUUGCCACCGGAUGGGGGCGGACAGAUCCUGAAGACACCACGGUGGACAGCACAAUUUUGAAGUUCGUGAGCAACAAUGUGACUAUAAACGAGGAUUGCAAAAAUGUUAUGGGGAUCGCUAAUGUCUCUUCCAUCACCCACAUUUGCACCACAACUUCUAAUUUCACUAAAGGAUUUUGCGAUCGUGACACAGGCGGCCCUUUGGUUGUGCUGGAAAAGGACAAAAAGUAUACGCUGGUUGGAAUCAGUUCAUUCACCCUAGGCAUAAGUUGCCUCGAUGGCUAUGAUACCUUUACCAGAGUGUCCUACUUUCUACCCUGGAUCAACUGGCAUCUUGCCAACAAAUAAUAAACGUUUUUGCGACAUGCACAAAUGGCGUUAAAAAAUAUAGAAUAUUAAUUUAAUUACUGUAAUAAUUCAAGAAUUCAUUAAGGUAUUUUUUCUGUGUGUGGUUGUAGAGAAUGCGUUGUGUGAAUUAAAUUAGUCUGCCUUGAAA